AUGCCCGUCCACGUAGAUGCACAAUUUGAGAUCCCAGUCUGGGCAGAACACGAAACAGAGGUGACAGGCUUUAUUUCUCAAUUUAUCUGCGGUUAUUAUCCAACGGAAUAUGAUCCCCACUGGGGCGAGGGCUACCGCAAGCUGGUUAAGAUAGAUAAAAAAUGGUAUAUGUUCUCCAUUCUGGAGGCACUUCAACAUGGAUACCACACCCUAUUUGAACAUACGGUUAAAGGGGCGCAUGCUGCAAUUGUUAUGUUCUCCAUUAACCGAGCCGGCUCUUUCGAUGCUGCAAAGGACCACGUGAGAAAAGUUAAACAUGUGAGAACGGAAGCCGGUCUUGAUCCCAUUCCAAUUGCCUUAGUCGGGAACAGGACGUCGGUGAAAGGUCAGCGUGUGGUGACGGUAGAGGAAGUGGAAGUCUUUAGGCGUACGGGGAGUUGCGAGAUCAUUGCAGAGUGUUUUGCAAGCCAUGACGAUCCAUCGGUCAUUGAUAAAAUAUUCUUCGAUCUUGGUCGCGCUAUCUUGAAUAGGCCUGGCAAGGAUCGGCCCAAGCAGAAAGACUCCAAGCUUAGGCCUGGUGAAGAAGUUGCAAUGACGGGGUUCCGAAAAAGGCUGGCACACAAAAUCAAACCUAUCUUCGGACGUUGA